AUGGCGCAGCAACUGCACUCCGAGAUAGAGCCCAUGGCGCAGUGGGCAAGGACUGGGAGUAGCGAGUCCUUGGCCGCGCUCGUGACAGCCUGGUGCAACCGGAUGCGGGCCUGCCCAGCCUUGUCCCUGCAACAAGGCAUGUCUGUGAAGAAGACAAUCGCCGACUUGAGUUUCCCCGAACAGCAGCGGACGGAGAUGCUUCAGGUGGUAGAAGCCAAAGUCAUGCAGUGCUGCGCGGAGGCGGAAGCGCCCAAAGACGUCAAAGGACAGCUGCUGCUCAAGCCCAGCAACUACCUGACCGCGGCUGACUGGGGAGGCCUGGAAGGCGGCACGGGGCCUGCUCGCUUGCAGAUCCUCCUGAAAAGGUACUUGAGCCUGGGGCUGCUCAAUUUGAAAGAAGGAACCAUCAAAGCGGGCAUGGCCCUGCUUCUUGCUCUCGCCGCCCCGACAGCGCGAAGCAUGCCGUCCUAUGCAGAGAUCUACGAUCAGGUCCAAGUCUUCAAGCGAAGCUUUGAGCAAUUGAAGGAGACGCACCUUGCAGGUCCUGGCAAGAGCCAGCCUGUCGGCGUGCUCCGCUACCCUGAAAAUGCGCAUGAUCUAUCAGAAGAACUGUUCAAAGCGGCCUACCCUGAUGGCCAUCCGAUGUCCAAGGAUAUUGGCGCAGACAUCUGGCUCGCGCACAUUCCCAUGCGGAGCACAAGCAAACUACUCAAGGGCCCUAAGAACCCUCCUCCUGAGUGUUUGCCGCCUGCCUCAGACACCGACCGCUUUGAGAGUCUGCUAAGCCAGACGUUGGAUAGGGUUUUCAGCCUCCAUGGGCCUUUGGGCGCUGUGCUUCAGAACCUGCCCCAGACCACCAGUCGGCGACCACUGGACCUGGCCGCAGGCGCCAGUGUGCUGAGGACACCCUGGGGACGAACCUCCGUCGGCAGCUCUUCGUGCGGUCCUGCCACUUUCAGCGGCCAAGCCAGGCAGGAACCCUGCCUUGCUCUGCAGGACCAGGAUGCACCCAGCACGCAGCAACCGACGGACGCGCCCGUCGGAGCCGGACGCCAUGCAGACCCAUGCACGGCCGCAGCCAGCACCAAUGCCCCGAAUGACGCCCCCCGCACCAGCGAAGAGAUGGACGACGAGGACAUCUUCAAGGAGCUGAAGAACCGCCAGGCCGAGAAGCAGCAGAACAAAGCUUGCAAGCGACCUGCAGCCUGCCCUGGCCCCAAGACAAAGGCCGUGCCCGGCAAUUCACAGAAAGGCAAAGGCAACGGAAAAGGGCAGAAGGGCCCUGCCAGCAGCCCCUCCACGGAGAGCGAAAAGAAAGCAAAGGGCAAAGGGGCCACAUCUCGCAACCACCCUGCUAAAGCAGAGAAGAAGCCUUGCCUUGCUGCCAAGGACCUGGGAACCUGGGGCAUCCUUGAAGUGUACGCGUCCCGCAUGUAUAAACGAGCAGAGACCUGGGCCAAACAGCGAGGCCUCUCCAAGGAGAAAACACUGCAGGCAAGCCGGACGGCUCACCGAGAG